GCUCUCAGUCAUGGAGCUGCUCUCGUAAGCAUGAGGGGGAUCGGGCUUUCCUCCCUCUGCUUUCUGAUGCACCUGCUGCAGGACAAGAUAAGCAGUAAGUAAAGGUUUUCAAUUCUCUUCCUACCUGGGGAGGGGGGCUGGGUCUGCUCGUAAAGCUGGGUGAGUCAGGAAGUUUCUGGAUACAGAGGCUGGUUUCAAAAGUCCUGUCAUUUCCAAAUCAGUCUCAUUUUGUCUUUCAAAAUGCAGCUGAAAUGAGUGUGAUGUUCAUCGCAUUUACUUACAGUUCUGUUACCGGCUUCAGUUCAAUUUGCAGGAGUCUCUGGCUCUGAGAUAUACCACAGAUAAAACUGCAGGCAUAUAAAAUCAGCUGGUUCAGGAAAUCCAGAAACCUAUUAGGAUUAGGAUGCUUCAGAGAGAGUGUUAACUGAUUCUGUCACCUGUACCUGUCUCAGUUUGGAAACAGCUUACCUUGAAAGCUGUCAGGCAGCUUUUUUCCGGCAGUUCAGAUGGGAAAAGCGGUGAAUGUCAUACUAUUUUAUUAGGCAAGAACCAACAAACACAGCUGUGGUAACUAUUAAAACAUAGUUACCAUAUACUAUAUACCAUAGUUAAAAUAUAGUCCCUGCAGGCUAAGUCUGAGAUAGGAAGGACAGAGCACCUACCUUUAACUACUGGUGCAGCUGCGUCCUGCACGCUCUGGGAGCUGAUCGGAAGGGUUUGUCUGCUGGGGUGUCCACUGGGCAUCUUUAAUGGCAGUAAAUUCAAUUAUGAAAAAAAAAAACCAAAACCACCAACAUGAUUUGUUCCUUUCACAAUCCUGGCUGUGGUCUGUAACUUCCACAUCUGCUCACUGCAACACGGAAAGUUUGGAACACGAGACCCAGAUUUAACUUCCCUGCCAGCUGCUAGCCUGAAACCACACAAGCAGUGUGUGCCCGGAUGCAGAGGUGCCUGCCUGCAAGAAACACGCGCUGUCACUGCUCCUUACUAUUUGCAGCCAUUUUAGUCCUGGAAAAUCAAGACCUGCGAGAUGCAAUCAAGCCACAGGAGGUAUGGGCAGAGCAAGUGGCAUAACAAAGAAGAGUGCUGGGGGAUUCAGAGCCUUUUCUGCGACCUGACAGAGGAGACUUCUGACGCCUAUGAGCCCUACUAUGGCAGGGUGCAAGCUGCUUCGGACGGUGUCCACUCCAACUGGAGCCUCAGCUCCAGAUUCACUCCCUGGCGAGAAACUAUGAUAGGACCUCCAACAAUAAAGGUGCUUCACAGCAACAAGUUCAUAAUACUAAAGCUCCAGGCUCCACGUUCAGCAUAUAAAAGGAAGAGAGGCAGCAUGAUACCAAUGACAAAUUAUUACGAUCUUCUGUACCAAGUCUUCAUAAUUAACAACUUGCUAGAUGAGCAACACAGAGUGCUGGUGUAUGAAGGAAAAGACAAGGUGAUCAAAAUAGAAGAUCUGAGGCCGGGAGUCAGCUACUGCAUUGUGGCUAGAACAUCAGUGCUGGUGCUGGGCCGCAGCAGUGCCUACAGCAGCAGGCAGUGCACCGUGCUGCUGUGACCAGGCGGAUGCCGCUACAGGCCAGAGCCAGAGAGGAUGCAGCAAAGUGACAGCCACCCCCUCCCCAAAAGAAGGUGACAUAUGGCAGGAACACUGCUGUCCCACAGACUAUCGUUUGCCAGAGUUCUUGCAUCUUCUCGGCUCGUUACACUCCAGAUGAGAAUGAUACGCCCAAAAAGGUUAGAAGAAUGGUGUGGAUAGUUACUUGCAUGCUGUCAGAGUGCUCAGAAAUGCCUCCUUCUUCCCUUUCUUCAAAUAGUUAUGCACAAUAUUGUUUCAUCGGUUUUUACUGCUGUCAAGCAAUUAUUAACCAGGAAAAUGAGUGGUCUCCAGCUUUGUUAACAAGCAGUUCUGCUGCAACUUCUCUAGGGAUUUACCCAAUAUGUUUAAUCCAAAUGUACCCAUCCUCACUUAAUGGCCAUUAUUUAGGUGUUAUGUGUUUAAAAAUGAGUAAUUUACCAAAUUUCAUGAGUUUCCAUGAGCCAGAAUGCAAGAGUUAUUUCAAUUAGAUGGUCUGAAUAGUCUGUUUACUCACCUCAAUCACUGUAUUAUAUUCAUGUAUCACUUGCUCAGCAGAAAGAUUUGUUAUUCAUCCUGCCUUGCAGGUGCCAAGGUGCACAUAAGGGCAUCUGUGACAUUGGCCAUAGCAAGCUUAAGUUUGGGUCCUUUCUGAGGGGGGAAACCAGGAAGUCUUCAGAGUUUGAGCCCGUGCUCCUGGGUGCAUCCUGGCUAUAGCACAACUGCAACAGAUUUUCCUUCUUCUGCUUCAUAGUGUGAUGCAUAAUGUUAGUAUCUUGAGAUACAGUCAAUGGUUCAAGCUAAGGAGCUUGUUUCUAGGUGAUUUCCCUACACUGAUGAAGAGCUUUCCCUGUACUGUACAAGGCUGAAAGCUCAGGUAAGAGCAGAACAGCCUACAGAGGUACAGGCAGAGGUGCGGGCAGAGGGCAUGCAUUGCAUCUUCAGUUGAAGUCCACAACAUGCAGCUUAAACAUGCACUGCAGCAGCAGUUCUUUCUCUUCCCAGUCACUGCGAUAAUGGUGGAGGCUGCCUCCUGUUACAGGCCCAGCUAUAAACUGACAUCUGGGGUCUAGAAUAUGGCUGGACUACAUAUAUGGAUGCUUCUUAAAUUAAACCUUGCUGCAUUAAAUAAUUAAUGCAUCACAAUCAUUUUAUGUUACACAAAUGCCACGGAUUUUUUGUUUGCCCUAUAGCACAAUUUAAGACAAUAUGUAUCUGCAUUUACAGAGCAAAGAGCCUUGUAUUGUAAUAAAAAAAAUGUGAAAAGCACUUGUGAAAAUA